CAGCCUUGGGGAGGGUCCAAAGGUCCCUGUUUGGAACAGGUUAGGCGAGAGCAGAGGUUUGCGUGCCAAGGGGUGGCGGUCACCCGAGUUUGCCAGGGUUCAAAACCCCUGCUCUCUGGCAGGCCGCCUCUUCCAGGAGAACAUUCAGUGCGCAAUCCCAGGCCCUGCCUGAAAACAAGAGACAGGGUAGGCCUCAGGAAGUCAUAGGGAGGAGCUGUAGCUCAACAGGGCUGCCUGACUGGGCCUCGUGAAGGAGUUACCAGACCGUAGCAGCCCAGAAGGGCCGCCCCACCUUUUGAACUAGCGGUGGAGAACUUUGAUUUCCUACCCCCAGUUGAGGACAGCGUGGUAAGCUGUCAAGAGCUGCAUGCCAGCCAUGGGUCUAGCCAGGGGGGCAAGGAGGCAGCUGCACUCCUCCAUCAAGUAAAUAAAUAAAAAAACCAAUCACAUCUCACAUAGCUCGGUUCUGCCCCCCUAACAUAAGUCCUGGCUACGCCCAUGAUGGUGGCAGUGGCUCAUAGCCAGUUUGGGUGGGCUCAGAGACAAAACCUGGGCACCCCUUCUCUCUCUUUCUCUUUCCCUCCCUCAUUUCUGACAUCCCUUUCUCUCUUGCCCUUCCUGAGACACCUUCUCUCUAACACCCCUUUUUCUCUGUGUAUAAUUCUUUCUGAUCCCCCUUCUCUCCCUCUCUGACACCCCCUUUUCUCUCUACAUAACUGUCUCCUUCCAUCUGACACCCCUUUCACUCUUUCUCUUUCUGUGACCCCUUCGGUCACCCUUUUUUCUCUUUCUGUCGGAGAUGGUUUUAGACUUUUCUGACUGCUUCCCCUUCAUCCCUUCCAAUAGGUGGAGCGAGGAGGUUGCCUCAGGUGGUAGAUGCUGAGGGGUGGCAGUUCGGUGUUGAAUAACAGAACGGUGUGCAAAUUUAUGCACCUUGUUCUACAUUCCCUUAAAUUAGCCUUCUGCUCUCAUGGUGUGAUGGAGGAUGCUGGGCCCUUCGCCAGCACUGAGAUCCAACAGCCUGUUUGUUUAACUUCCAUCCAUGCCAUAUGCCUUGUCCUUCAGACAACAAAAUUAUGUGUUUUGUGGAACGUUGUGUACAGAAUCAAUCAUAUCUGGAGGCUUUUUUCAUUUAUCACCAAACUAGCAGGGAUUUUCUAGCCUCACUAUGCGAACUCAGUAGAAGGUCAGCUGAAAAUAGUAUUUCUCUCAGGGACCCAGACGUUGAUCACAUGUAAACUUGGAAAAUACUGCAUGUACCUGGAAAGGACUUUAACUGGAUUUGUGUUGUUUAGUACAUAAAAUAGUUUUAAACGAGGUUCUCAUCCCCACAUCUCUCUCUCUUUCAGAUCAACAACUCGUUUGCUAAAGGUGUGUUAAACCUGCAAUAUCGAAGGUCGCCCACCCUGGAAUUGAAGUAGGUUAAGCUGCUUCUCCUGCAGUUCACUGUUAACUAAAGAAAAUAAAUGUGUCUAUAUUUGCCCUUGAAAUACGAUGAAUGCAGAGUUUAGGAUCUUCCUAUAUUAGCUAGGUGGGUGUCCAUGAAAGGAGCCCUUAGGUCUCUGCAGUGCUCCUGCCCUCCCCAGUAGGGCACAGGAGGAGGAAACAUUUUGGAAUGUAUUUGAAAGUUUGACACUCUCCAACUUGGUCUCAAUAGGGACUAGGGACUAACAAGUUUUCAGUCCAGGUGGGUUAAAAGCACAACUUUUAAAAGGACAGAAUAAAAUAAAGAGGUUUGAUAAAUGUUUUAAAAUUACUAUACAGUGCUACCUCGGGUUAAGUACUUAAUUCGUUCCGGAGGUCUGUACUUAACCUGAAACUGUUCUUAACCUGAAGCACCACUUUAGCUAAUGGGGCCUCCUGCUGCUGCCGUGCCGCCAGAGCACAAUUUCUGUUCUCAUCCUGAAGCAAAGUUCUUAACCUGAAGCACUAUUUCUGGGUUAGCGGAGUCUGUAACCUGAAGCGUAUGUAACCUGAAGUAUAUGUAACCAGAGGUACCACUGUAUGUGAUUAUAUCACAAGCAUAAAUGUCUCUAACAAACAUGACCUUACUAGACUGCCAAAUACACAAGAUGGCCCUAGUGUUUCUGCUUAUUAGGGUUGCCAACUUAGUAAAAUCCAUCUUUAAAGAUACAAGGGUGACUGGUGCAUCAGCUGAAUCCGAGUCUGUCUGGAGCUGGAUAAAAUAAGCAGUCAAAUAAGCAGACUUGGAUUCUAAAGCUGCCAACCAAGGAGGGAAAAAGCACUACCAGUUUGCUGUUGUGCAAGUGGAAAGAGAGAAGGGACUGGGGAUGACUGAGUCAAAAGGAAGGAUGAUGCGGAAAUUUGGUUCCGUUUACACUUAAAGGUGAAUCUGCUGAACCCAGACUUCCUGAAAUGUGAUGGGAACACAAAUGCAAUCACCUUUGAAAUUUGCAUGUCUCAAAAUUUUGCAAGCCAGCUUGCAAAGCAAGUAAAUGUGUGCCAAAAAAAGAAGCAUGUAUUAGUGAAAGUGACAAACGAAAGUGCAUAUGGGGAAAUGGCUUGCAAAAAUGGCUUUGUUUUUCACUAAAAGUGAGACACUAGUCCACAUGAUUCUCCAUAAAGUUCUGAUUUAGGACAUGCCAUAGAUUGAACCUGGAACCUUCUGCAUCCAGAGUAGAAGCUCUACCACAAAUCUACAAUUUUAUCCACAAUGUGCAUAGUUUCGAGGGCAGGCCAGCAGAGAUUAGGCAGGAAAACCUCUUCUGCCAUCUCCUGAUUUAUUUUUCCAGGGCUGGCCCAAAAUCCAGAACCUCAGAGCCGCCAAGUUUUCGCAGAAGCACCCAAGCGUCGAAACUGAGCCCCAACAACGUGUCCCAGGAAAUGAAGCGUGUCUACCGAGAAACUCACAAUGAAACCGGAGUCCUGGUAGAUGCAGAGAACGUACAUAUUGAAGGUGGGCUGUGCCACUAAAGUACAGUACACUAUUUAUUUAUUCGAUUUAAAUAAUUUUUAUCCCGCUCUCAAACAAACAAAGAAAGACUUCUUGAGGUUUUUACAGUUCACUGAAAAGAAAACAAGGCAGCAUUAAAUGUUGAAGGCGAGAGGUUAGUAUGCCACCUUGAGCUCUUUGGAGAAAAGGUGGGAUAUAAAUGUCAUAAAAAUAAAAAUAUUCUCCUUAAUUUCUUCAGGCUGCAUUUCUAAAGAGAUUGUGCACUUACCAGAGAAUGAUCCUCUUGUAGAGAACCAGACUGAAUUCCUUCCUUCCUUCCUUCCUUCCUUCCUUCCUUCUGUGAUUUUCUCUACUUAUUUAACAAGCAUUGCUUAUUCUGCUCCAACCCACUAGCAGAUUUAAUCCGUCAGAUACACACAGAUCUCUUUUUUGUACGUGACACCAGAAUUAUGGAAUUAUGGAAUUCAGUUACGAGGUGCUACAGUCCUAGCACGGCAUGCAAACACUGCCAAUAUAUUUACCAAGGAGGGAGGCAAUAGACUCUUACGUAGUCUGCCAAAGGCCAGAAAUGUAGAUAGACCUACUUGACUAGGAGGGGCCAGAUCCUCUGCCCACAAUCCUCUGAGCUGUUCUGUUAAAAACUUCCAUGCCUGUCUGCGUUCUGCAGCCCCGCACCAGCACAGAAUCACCCCUUUCAUUUUUUAAAACCUACACAUGCAUCUCUCAAGCAUCUAGUCCUCAAGGCUGUGUCAUGGACUAUAUUAGGCGGGGAAGGUGGGAGUUGGCAGGAUCACCAGGGCGGGGCUUCAGCACCCUGGACAGCUGAUUUCUCCUCUUCCCUGAUUACCAGAUAUAUACAGUGCUGAGGUUCCGUUUCUGACACCUCCAGCAUGUAAACAUUAGUAUUGUUAAUUGUUUUUAUUAUGCUUUGAUUAUUUUUAUUUUUAAUACAUUUUUAUUAUUUUUAUUACAUAUUUUGUGCUUUGUAUAUUGUAACUUUGUGUUGUGGGCUGCCCUGAGACCCACAAGUAUAGGGCGGUAUACAAAUGUAAUAAAUAAAAUAAUAAAAUAAAUGAAAAAUGGAUCUAGGAGGUAGGUUUGGCAGGGAAAGAGACCUCUUUCUGGCUGAGACCCUGAAGACACUCUAAAUCAGGGCCGCCCUCCACCCAGAACUCCUCCAUUGUCCAUGGGACACCUGUCAAUCACUCGCCAUCAUAUGGCAUUGAUUCAUAUUUGAUCCCGCCGUUUGCAACUGUGGAAUUGGAAGCCCACUCUAAGUGUGCUCCUCAAAAAGAAUUCAAGUCACCUCUGCAAGUGUCCACACCAAUACUCCAUAUUGGGGGAAGCCAAUAUGGCACCCUCCAGAUGUUAUUGGACUACAACUCCCAUCAUCCCUUGCUCUUGACCCAUGUUGGCAGGCCUGAUGGGAAUUGGAGUCCAACAAUGUCUGGAGGCCACCACCAUACUGGCUUGAUGGGCUUUACUCAGCCUAAGGCAUCUUCAUAUGUACUUUUGCCUACUUAUUUUCAAUAUUUAGAAUUCAAGUUGUUGGUUUUUUUUAAAGGAUCAGAAUAUGCAGAAUAUGAAAGACACCAGUUGUUUGUGAACCCAAAGGAACUCUGUUUGAUACAAACCUGUUCUCUCCCCCACAUUUAGAUUCCAGGGGAUUCUGUUUGUUGAAACCGUCGUUGAUGUCUGUUAACGGUAUGGGUGACAAUGCAGGCACCCAGAAGGAUCACAAAAGCAACUGGGGUGGCAAAGAUCUGCAAAAGAAUGGGAAAUGGCCUUGGGCAGCCACUGUCCUGAAGGGCGGAGAUCCCAUUUGUGCAGGAAGCCUGAUUGCAGAAAACUGGGUGCUAAGCGCCAGGAGCUGUGUAGAAUCUGGGUGAGUUUCCAGAACGCCAUUGCUGACAUUUCUUUUCUGUGCUGAAAGGUCAAUGCAUGGGGGCAUCCCUAAAAGAAGAGGGCCUGUUCCUUUGAAGCAUAGCUACAGGGGUUGGUUGGGAAGUCGCAACUCUGUAGUCCAGUCCUACAGUUCCCUUUUCACCUGGACAUAUUUUGCUUUUAUUUACAAGAACAUAGGAAGGUGCCUUGUAUUGAAUCAGACCUUUGGUCCAUCUGGCUCAGUAUUGUCUGCGCUGAUCGGCAGCAGCUCUCUGUGGUUUCAAGCAUGGUCUUGCUUUACCAAAUCUAUCUGGAGAAGCCAGGGACUGAACCUGGGCUCUGCCACUGAACUACGGCCCAUCCCUAUUCUAAAUUAUGAUUGUGGUUGUCGUUAUGAUUAUAUUUAUUUACAUCCCUCCUUUUCCCCCAGACUGGGGCUCAAGGCGGCUUACACAAAUUAAAACCAUACAGAUAAAAUACAGAAAGCUAAAAACAUAUAUACAUAAGAUAGAUAGAUAGAUAGAUAGAUAGAUAGAUGAUAGAUAGAUGGGACACGGGUGGCGCUGUGGGUUAAACCACAGAGCCUAGGACUUGCCAAUCAGAAGGUUGGCGGUUUGAAUCCCCGCAACGGGGUGAGCUCCCAUUGCUCGGUCCCUGCUCCUGCCAACCUAGCAGUUCGAAAGCACGUCAAAGUGCAAGUAGAUAAAUAGGUACCGCUCCGGCGGGAAGGUAAAUGGUGUUUCCGUGAGCUGCUCUGGUUCGCCAGAAGCGGCUUAGUCAUGCUGGCCACAUGAGCUGUAUGCCGGCUCCCUCGGCCAAUAAAGCGAGAUGAGCGCCGCAACCGCAGAGUCGGCCACGACUGGACCUAAUGGUCAGGGGUCCCUUUACCUUUAUAUAUAUAUAUAUAGUUUUACAUAGAGAUUAUACAUCACGAGCAUAACAAUUCCAAAGAAAAAAACUAAAAAGAGACGGGGGGGGUGGAGAUUCUCGUGAACCUUCAGACCUCCCUCCCUCUGUGGGUUCCAUUUCUAAAUUUUAUUCCUGCAUAUUUUACUGUAAUCUAUCUAUUAUAUAUCCAUAGUAUCCAAAGUUCAUGUUACUUUACAGGUGUCAUUGCAUUCCUCCCAAUAAUUUCAACUGUUUACAGUGGUCUCUCGUUAUGUUAAAAAGUUAUUCCAGUCUUUCACAAAUAUUCGGUCUUCCUGGUUUCUGAUCUUUCCUGUCAAUCUUACCAUUUUGGCCUAUUCCAUCAGUUUGGUCUGCCACUCUUCUCUGGUCGGUGCUUUUUCUUCUUUCCAUCUUUGGGCUAAGAGCAUCCUUGCUGCUGUCGUUGCAUACAUAAACAGUCUUUUCUUUUGGGAGUUCCACACCUAUGAUUCAUAACAAAAAAGCCUCAGGAAAAUAUAUAGAUAUAUAGAUAUAGUUUAAUUACUUUUAUUAUUUAUUUAUUUAUUUAUUUAUUUAUUUUAUUAUUUAAGCUCUAAUAGAAUUAAAACAAUUUAAAAACAAAACUAUUAAAACACACAUAAUAAAAACAGCACAGCACUAUUUAAAAACUCUUUCCAGGAAAAACAGUCAUUUCCCAAAGGUCUGUCGGAAGAAAACAGUCGGCAGAAGGACAGCAAGGAGGGGGCCAGUCUGGCCUCUCUAGGGAGGGAGUUCCAAAGCCUGGGAGCCAACACCAAGAAGUCCCUCUCCUGCAUCCUCGCCAAGCAUGCCUGUGAGGUGGUGGGACUGAGAGAAGGGCCUCCUCUGAAGAUCUCAGAGCCCGGGCAGGUUCAUAUGGAAAAUACAGUCCUUCAAACAGCCUGAACCUCAGUUUGCCCUGUUCAGACUAUGCCACUGGCAAUUUGAUUCAUCUUUUGGCUAUUUCAAGUUACUAUUCUCAACAAAGUACCGCAUGAAAUACUUGAGUAAGCUUAGCAGUCGUGGGAUAAGAGGCAGGGUCAUAUUGUGCAUCAGGAACUGGUAAAGACACAUGAAAUAUACUCGGAAUUGAGAGUGGAUUUCAUGCUCUUUAUUCAGCUCAUAGUGGUGAGAAGGAAUGGAAGUUCCCCCAGAAUGUCUGCUUUAUAUACAUUAUUUACACAAUGGGCCCCACGUGAUUGGCUAAUUCUGGGAUUCACCUGUAGGCCAAUCUGGUUGCGGAUUCACUUCCACCUGGAGCUGGAUUGGGUGGCUCCUGUGGACCAAUCAGACUGCUGCAUUCUGGACCCUAUUGUUCUAGGACCAGUCAGACUGCUGCAUUCUGAAUCCUAUUGUUCUAGGACAAAUCAGACUGCUGCAUUCUGAAUCCUAUUGUUCUGGGACCAAUCAGACUGCUGCAUUCUGAAUUCUAUUCAACUCAGUACAUAACAACACAGAAAGCAGAGAGUAGGAAUAAAUGGGCAGUUCUCCCAAUGGAGGGAUGCAGAAAGUGGAGUCCCACAAGGAUCCAUAUUGGGACUCACACUUUAUAAGACAUUCUAGAGUUAGGGAUGAGCAGUGAUGUGGCCCAGUUAGCCGAUGAGACCAAAUUGUUUGGGGUGGUUAAAACAAACUGAGUGAAAGGGCAGUAAAAUGGCAAAAGCAAUUCACUGUAAGCAAGUGUAAACUGAUGCAUACCACGGCAAAUAUAAAUAAAUAAAUCUUAAUUUUGCAUAGACGCUUAUGGGGUCUGAACUGGCAGAGACUGACUAGGCAUGAGACCUUGGGUUCAUAGUGGAUAGCUCAAUUGAAGACAUUGACCCAAUGUGCAGCAACUGUGAAAAAGGCAAAUUCAAUUUUGGGGGUCAUUAGAAAAGGGAUUUCUGAGAAUCACAAGCAGGGAGAGUCCUGUUGCGUUCAGGUCCUACUUGGGAUCUUCCCACUGGGGCAUCUGGUUGGUCCCUUGAGAGAACAGGAUGCUAAACUAGUUUGGCCUGACCUCUGCUUAUGCCCUUAAACUGUUUUAAUGACUUUAUUGCUUUAUUCCUAGAAUCAUAGAACUGUAGAGUUGGCUGGGACCCAAAGUUCAAGGUUUAUUAUUGUUUGGAGCCAAUUAUCAUUACAGUAUUAUGUUGUUAGAUAUGCUGUGAGCCGCCCAGAGUGGCUGGGGAAACUCAUUCAGAUGAGUGGGGUAUAAUAAUAAUAAUAAUAAUAAUAAUAAUAAUCCUACUACAUUAAAUGCAGCAUAAGCCAGGGACAAACUCUGAAAACACAAACAAACAUGAUUUAAAACAUUCAUUUCAUUUAAAGCUUCCCCUAACAGUUUUUUGUCCCUGUGACAUCUGGUAUUAGAGGUAUAUUUCCCCUGCACAUGGAAGAUCCAUUUGGCAAAUGGCUGCCUAAUCUAGGCCAGUGGCCAUCUUGGAGCAGAGAGUUCCACAGAAGUUAUUCAGUACCUAAGCAUAGUACAGAGUUCUUCUGACCAAUCAAUCAACAAUCUUGCUAUAAGGGAAAUCAGAUAGAAGCAGCAUCAGGAAUGGUUUAAAAACAAUCGCUGUGUUUUCUUCAUAGAAUUGUAAGAAUGAGCUCCAGUUUAAUGAUCCCUAUUAAUCGUUUAUCCUAUAAAAUUUCUCAACGCACCAAAUUAACCUUAGCACACGGCUUGCUCAACUGCAAAUCUGGCUCCUCCUGUCUAUCUCAAAUUUAUCUGGCUUUGUCAAUAACUGUGAAAUCUGAGCUUGGCUGUCUGCUUAUGAAAUUAACAGUGCAAGCCCCUACAUGUCCACAUCAAAGUAAGUCUCAAUGAAUUCAAUGGGGCUUAUUACCAGGUAAGCGUGUACACAAUGGUAACUUAAGCCACUUAGCUGGUUUGAAGUAAUGACUCCGGUGGUGCAGGUUACAGCUAUAUUUCAGUUUUAUUGCAUUAGCCAGUGGGCAUAACACAUAAUCAAAACCUGGAAAUGUUAGAUUUUCUGCAGCACAGUUUAAGAGCCUAAGAAGAGCCUGCUGGAUCAGGUUAAAGGUCCAUCAAGUCCAACAUCGUGAUCUCACAGUGGCCAACCAGAUGCCCCAUAGGGAAACCAGCAAGCAGGAUUUGAGCACAGGAACACUGUCCCCUCGUUUCCAGCAACUGGCAUUCAGAAGCAUUGCUGACUCUAACCACAGAGGCAGAGCAUAGCCAUCAAGGCUAAUAUAUAUUGUUAGCCCCCUCCUCUGUGAAUUUGUCCUAUCCUUUUUAAAGCCAUCUAGGUUGGUGGCCAUCACUGCCUCCUGUUGGGGCGAGUUCCGUAGUUUAACUAUGUACUGCAUAAAGAAGUCCUUUCUUUGGUCUGUUCCGACUCUUACAACCUUCAGCUUCAUGGGAUGUCCACUAGCUCUAGUGUUAUGAGAAAGGGAGAAAACCUUUGCUCUGCCCACUUUCUUCAUACCAUGCAUAAUUUUAUAAACAUUCUUUAUGACACAAUGGUGAACGAGUUCAGCACAUGAUCUGGCUAAAGGCAAAAGGAAUCGACCCAUUUCCUUGAUGAAGUGACUUUGAUGUUACUGCUAACAUUUAAAAAAAGAGAUAACAGUAACAAUAAUAAUAGCUAUAACAAUGGCUAUGUUCUGCCUCCAUGGUUGGAAGCAGCAAUGCUUCUGAAUACCAGUUGCUGGAAAUCACAGGAGCGGGGGGGGGGGGGAGUGCUCCUGUGCUUGAAUCCUGCUUGCAGGUUUCCCACCACCACCACCACCACUGAGCAUCUGGUUGGCUACUGUGAGGUCAGGAUGCUGGAAUAGAUGGGCCACUGGUCUGAUCCAGAAGGCUCUUAAGUUAUACAGUCGUACCUUAGUUGUCGAAAGGAAUCUGUUCUAGAAGUCCGUUUGACUUCCAAAAACGUUAGAAAACCAAGGCCCAGCUUCUGAUUGGCUGCAGGAGCUUCCUGCACUCAAUCGAUAGCCGCGUAAACCGCAUCAGACAUUUGGGUUCCAAGGAACGUUUGCAAACCGGAACACUCACUUCCGGGUUUGUGGCGUUCAGGAGCCAAAACGUUUGAGUCGCAAGGCAUUCAAUAACGAAGGUACAACUGUAUUCUUUUCUAAUGUUCCACUGAGUGGGACAUGGUUUGGUUAAAAGUAUGUGUGUGUGUGUGUGUGUGUGUGUGUGUGAGAGAGAGAGAGAGAGAGAGAGAGACAGAGAGAAGGCUUUUAGAUUAAAUUCUGCAUUAGAGCUCCAUACUUUUACCUCACCUCAAAGAGAAAGAGAAAAGAGAAAAACAACUACCAGACUUUUAGAAGACAUCUGAAGGCAGCCCUGUUUAGGGAAGCUUUUAAUGUUUAAUAGACUAUUGUAUUUUAAUAUUUUGUUGGAAGCCGCCCAGAGUGACUGGGGAAACCCAGCCAGAUGGGCGGGGUAUAAAUAAAUUAUUAUUUAUACCCCAACGCAACCUGAGCAUUUUUGUAACCCUUACCAGAAUUCCAGAAGCUGACUGUGCAUUCCAGAAGCAGAUGCACUGCCCCAACAAACUCACUGAGUUGUGCAUUGAGAAAGCUGCCUGAUUGCCAAGCACAUCUCCUCAGCCCCGAGGGCUAGAAACUUGCAUUGCAAAAUUCUGCAGUGUGAAAAAGCAACCGGGGGCCUGGUGCUCGCAAUCCAACCUUGUAUCCUGUGCACUAAGUACAGAGACACGGAAUCAGAGGGAGCUAGAAGCUGGUGACACCCAGCUUUCAGUGUCCCAAGGAAGGGCAAACCACCCGCUCGCCCACCUCCUCACAAUUCAGCCUGGCUGUUGGAUUGAGCCCAGGCCCAUCUGUUCUGUUCUCCAAGUGGCCAACGAGAUACGCUAAUGGGAAGCUGGCAAGUAGGACUUUGGCACAGUAGUGCUCUUCUCCCAUAGGAAAGCGGCUCCAUGCCCUCGAUCUGUUUGGAUGCCAUUUUCUGAUGCUUUUCCAAAUCUACAAUAUCCUUCGUAGGUUAAGGUCCAAUUGCAUGGGCAGGGGAAAGCCUGAACAAAAAGAUAAAAAGUCUUCACAAGACAACUGAUGCUCCGUAUCUGGCAGAGUGACGGGCAUUCUCACAGAAACAGCAACAGCAGCAGAAAAUGCCCAUUUUCGGGAAACUACCCUGUGAUAUUCUGAAGGGUGCAGUGCCGCAAGUAGAAUUUCCUUGAUAAUCUUUAGAAGAGGCUUUGAAAGAGGAUGGGACAAAUUCACGGAGAAGAGGGCUAUUGAUGGCUAGUAGCCAUUAUGGUUGUGCUCUGCCUCAACAGCUGGAAGCAGUCAUGCUUCUUGUGCUCAGGACCUGCUUGUGGGUUUCCCUUUGGAGCCUCUGGGUGGCCACGGUGAGAACAGCAUGCUGGACUAGAUGGGCCCCCAUUGGCCUGACCAAGCAGGCUCUUCUAAUUUGUUUCUUCUGUACCAGCAGCAAGCUACAGGUGUUUAUUAGUUAUUUAUUUUAUUUACUAUAUUCAUAUGCCACCUUUAUCUUCCAAGGAGCUCAAGGUGGUGUAACUGGUUUUCCUCCUCCCCAUUUCACCCUCACAACACCCUCUGAGGUAGGUUAGAUGGUGACUGGCCCCAGGUAACCCAAUGAGCUUUGUAUAACCCUCCUGUUUUCCUAUACAAGCCUGAUGACUCGUUGCGAUGCCGUCCUCUCCUCCUUGCCCCCCCAUCACAUGUAACUUCCAGCCCAUCUUUUUGCUUUGCAGAAACAUCUCCUUGUACUCUGUAAAGCUCACUUCUUCAGAUGAGCUGUAUCCAGUUGCCAAGAUUACCCCUCGCUCGUCAGGUGCCCAGGAUGAUGUCGCAUUAGUCCAGCUGGCAAAACUGGCACCUAUCACAUCGACCACCCGUCCCAUUUGCCUUCCUGACCCACUCCACGUUGUAUCACCUGGGACAGGGUGCUGGGCGAUAGGAUCAAAGGAACGUGGUGGUAAGCCACAGGUGUUUCUGUCUCUGGAGGCUGGGAGUGUCUCAUGGGGAUGGGGCAAAAUUUAAUUCUGUUCUCACUUAAAAUCAUAUAUCUAUCUACCUAAUUUUCAGUUUCUGAAACAAUAUGGAAACUGAAAUGCAGCCAUCCCUUGAAAUGUACACUUCUCCAAAUUUUGUGGUGCAGUUCUCAAGCAAAAUUAUGUGUACAAAAAGGCAUAGACUAUAGUGACAUACCAUUCUAAUCAUUCUGUUUAUGGAAGAGUUAAAAAAGGCAAAAGUAAAGGAUCCCUGACAGUUAAGUCCAGUCAUGAACGACUCUGGGGUUGCGGCGCUCAUCUUGCUUUACUGGCUGAGGGAGCCAGUGUUUGUCCACAGAAAGUUUUUUCCAGCUCAUGUGGCCAGCAUGACUAAGUCGCUUCUGGCAAACCAGAGCAGCGCACGGAAAUGCCGUUUACCUUCCCGCUGGAGUGGUACCUAUUUAUCUACUUGCACUUCGACGUGCUUUCGAACUGCUAAGUUGGCAGGAGCUGGGACCGAGCAACGGGAGCUCACCCCAUUGUGGGGAUGCGAACUGCCGAUCUUCCGAUCAGCAAGCCCUAGGCUCAGUGGUUUAGACCACAGCGGCACACUUGAUAUUUAUUAGUUUGUGACUCCCUGCACUGUUUAUGAAUUUUGAAACAGUUUGAUAGUGUUAUAUAAAUAUUGUCAAUAUAUUAUUAGCCUACAUGUUGCUUGAUGUGGUUCAGAAAUGCUGUACAGCUGAAAAUCUAUAGGAAAACAGGAAGCCGCCUUAUCCAGACAAUGGACCCAUAUAUCGCUCAGUAUUGUCUACACUGACAGGUAGCAACUGACAGGGUUUCAGGCAGCAUACUUUCCCAGUCCUUACCUGGGAUUUUUAUAUUUUGGUAAAGGAUUUUUAAAUUUAAUUUCAUGAUGUUAUAUAAAACAAAAACAACAGUUGUAACAAAAGACGAAAAUUAAAAGAUGAAAAGCAAAACUACAAAAUAGGCACAUAGAAUGAGUACAGUUGCACAUGGGUUAAGUCCAAGUAAGGACCAAUGCAAUUGCUGUAGCACCUCUUCAGGAGGUCCUCUGGAAACCCUGUGAAUUAUAGCAUAAUCACCCUAUAGGUUUAUUUAGGGCAUUUCUAACUCAUUGGCUCCCACAAGAGGCUUGUUUGUAUACUGCACUUUCACAUUAGAAAAUACUGACCCUCUGGUUUGUCUUCAGAAUCUUACAAAUAAGAGAGGUCUUAUAAAAGGCACUGGUUGUUUGCUGAUCUGGUUUAUCCUUGUCAUCAAAAAGUAUAAACAUAAAUACUUCCGAAACAAGAAUGGCUGGGGAAAUCGUGGGGUACUAUUUCUCUCUUGCAAACUGUCUUGAAGAGAUAAAACGAGGAAUGUGUAAAAGCAUUGCAGGGAUCUUGGGUAAAGUUUGACAAGAGAAAAGUGUAGUCCGCGAGUUAGGAAAAGCAGAUUUCACAUUGCUCCACAGACAGGGAGCCCCGUGCGUCCGAAUUUGAAUUGUAAUGAGAGCUAUUUAUGGGAGACUUUUGAGCAGCCAAGGUUGAUGGGCUUGGAGGAGAAAAGAUCACGAGCCAUGGGGAGAAAGAGCAAAGAGGGCAGGCAGAUCCUUAGAGGCUUGUGGCGUUCCUUUCCAUCAGCUCACCCUGACAUCCUUCAGUGGACCGUGACCUUGCUGGACAGCUGUGUCCCCACCUCUUCCUUGGCCUCCACCUGUGCACAACCAUUCAGCCUCAAAAAGGACCUUCAGGUAAUUACCCUGUUGCUUUGAAUUUCAUGGAUGAUGGCUAUGCUCUGCCUCCAGGGUCAGAGGCAGUGAUGCUUCUGAAUUCAGCUGCUAGCUUUCCAGUUGCAAUCCUCCGGCAGCUCAUCUUCACCUUUCUCUCUCUCUUGAUAGCUGAGUACAGGAGGGCUUUUUGUCUGCCCAGGAGAGGACGGGCAGCUUUACCUGGAGGGAAUCUUUACAUCUUCAGUGGAAAGUCAAAGCAAAGGAAAGGAGAUCAGCCAAUCAGCCACCUUUGUGCGUGUCGCCCCUUUAGUUCCAUGGAUCAGCUCUCAACUGCUCCCGAGAAGGGGCAUGGGAAUCCUCGGCCAGCUAAAGCAGGACCCUCUGGGCUCCUUGUGAUUGGGGUUUGUUGAGGACCACGUGUGUAUUCACAGAAGUAGAGUUGGAAAGGACCCCAAGUCAUCUAGCCCAAACCCCUGCAAUGCAGGAAACACAACUAAAGCAUCCCUGACAGAUGGCUAUCCAACCUUUCCUUAAAAACCUCCAAGGAAGGAGAGUCCACCACCUUCGAAGGAAGUGCAUUCCACUGUCAAAAAGUUCUUACUGUCAGAAAGUUAUUUCAGAUGUUUAGUCAGAAUCUCCUUUCUUCUCACUUGAAGCCACUGGUUCAUGUCCUCCCCUCUGAAGGAUAAAACAAGCUUGCUGUCUCUUCCAUGUGACAGCUCUGUAGAUAUCUGAAGCUGGCUAUCAUGCCUCCUCUUAGUCUCCUCUUUUGCAGGCUAAACAUUCAAAGCUUGCUCCAUACAGCCAGCAAGGUUUUGUUCAAUGGGAGACCGUGGGGUGGGCUUGCUAUUUUUUAGACCAGACCAGCUUCCCCCAAACCUGGUAGCUUUCCAGAUGUUAUUGGACUACAACUUCCAUCCUCCCGCCCCGGUGACUAUGUCAGAUGAGGCUGAUGGGCGUUGGGGGGGUCCAUCAUCAUCUAGAGGGCUGCAGGCUCUCCGCAUCCCUGCUGUUCAGUGUCUACCCAGAGGCCCAGUUUCUGGGGAACAUGAGGCAAACGCUACUGGACUCGGGUCCUGCUUGUAGGAUCCCCAGAAUCACCUUGUUGGGCAGGGUGAACAGCAGGAUGAACCUUUUGCCUGAUCUUUUAUGUAGGCAUUUGGAUCCUAGCCUUUGAAAGCAUUUCUUAUACAGACUGCAUUUUAUUAAGUCUAUAGAUUUCCAUAUCCUCUCUCAUGUGAGUUUAGAUAGUUCUUCUGCAGAAGCAGCUACUUUGCAUGGCUAGACGUUUAUUUUAUCUUUUAACGUGGUGGGUUUUCCAUUUCCCUGAUAGUUGUUCAGAAAGCCACUUGAAAGUCUUUUGGCAGAAAAAGUGGCCUAUAAAUAAAGUAAGGCGACUUCCUCAAUGGUUUUGUGCAUUCUCUCUCUCUCUCCCCCGCAACCACCAACAAGGGUGGGGAACCUGUGGCCCUCCAAGUGUGGUUGGACUACAGUAGCUGGCUGGGGCUGAUGGGAAGGAGUUUUAACAUGGAGACAGCCAUGGCUUCCCCACACCUACCCCUAUCACACAUCAAUG